CAACUGGCAAAUUCCACUCGCGUUUCUUUCUUUCAUCUCAAUUAGUUGGAGAGGUUUCAGAACUUUGUGUUUCCGGGUGAAACCUCGGCCCCGAAGUUUCAUGCCGGGGACAUGAAGAUAGGAGAAGCAAAGCCGGCUGAAACUGAGCACUAGGCUGCAAGAACAGUGUAGGCUACGCAGGGAGGGGGAGAGAGGGAAGGGAAGGGAUAGAAUAAGAAAAAAACGAACAGCAGCUGAACUGUGCGGGUUUUCACCUUCUGAAAAACAGGAAGCCAACGCCGAUCUGCCCACCUGGCCGCAUUGUCCUGCGGGAAGAAGACAGCGGGCUCUCACGGAUCUUCUUGCCACGCACAGGCAUAUUUUUAUUCUAAAGCCGAACUUUCGUUCUUGUGGAUUCAAUCGAGAGAAAAACAACUUUUAACUAGGCCUAUUUCCUCAUUCGUACGGUCGAUAUUUUCCUAUUCCCAACAAAAAUAUAACUCAAGAUGCAGUGUCCCUCCACCUCCCCAGACACCCCCAGCAUGGAGGAGCACCACAGGGAAUAAGAGCCUCCAGGAGACAGUAGGUCCUUAUGGUUGAGCUGGGUGUUGGUCCCUGCUAUGCCUCCCGCCAUGACAGACCUCCUGGACAUGUGGGCGGCCCACUCCCAGCUGUCUGGAGAGGACCUGGUCACUGUGGACUUCCUGUUACCCACCGGCAUCUACAUCCAGAUGGACGUCCCCAGAGAGGCCACCAUACAACACAUCAAACUGCUCCUAUGGAAGCAGGCCCAGUCGUACCCCCUGUUCCCGUCUCUGGGGGAGAUGGAGGGCCACAUGUUUGAGUGUGUGAACCAGGCAGCGGUGCACGAGGAGCUGGAGGAUGAGACCAGGCGCCUCUGUGAUGUCAGGCCCUUCUGGCCCAUGCUCAAACUGGUCACACGCAACUGUGGCCGCGCCGAACGCCUGCUCGACUCCAAGAUCGGCGUGCUCAUCGGAAAAGGUCUCCACGAGCUGGAUGCUCUCCAGGACCAGGAGGUGAAGGACUUCCGCAGUAAGAUGUUCCGUAUCAGCGAGGAGAAGAUGCAGCGGGUACAGCUGAUGACCUGGAGCGAGUGGCUGCAGGCCUGCUUCUCUCCACAGCUGGAGCCAGGGGGAGGAGCCACAGACGGUGUCAACGACAAACAGGCCGAGGCCAGCCUCAAAGUCACCAUGCAUUUUGACCAGUCCCAGGACACAGCCAGUCUGAAGGUGUGCCCCAGCACCAGUCCCACUGAGCUGAUGGAACAGGCUGUGAGGAAAUGGCUGAUGACCCACGGCCCAGAGGAGGACGGACGCCAGGCAGAGCAGUACGUUCUGAGGGUCAGCGAUAAGCUGGAGUUCCUCUGUGGAGACCACCCCCUCAUACAGUACAAGUACAUCAAAGCCUGUCUCCAGGCUAAGGAGUGUCCCCACCUGACCCUGGUCCAGGUCAGCACGGUCCAGACCAUGUUCGAGAAGGAGAUCUCUGCCAUCGGAGCUGUGGUCAACCGCAAGAGCUCCAACCCCCCCUUACCUCUGCCCCCCAAGAGGAGGGGACCCUCGCAAGUGCAGACGUGUGUAUGGGAGGUGUCCACCCAGUAUAAGAUCGUCCUGAUCAAAGGCAGCAAGGUGAACGCUGAGGAGACGGCAAAGGUCCAGGUGCGUGCAGGCUUGUUCCACGGCACAGAGCUGCUGUGUAAGCCAGCGGUGAGCAGCGAGAGCAGCGGACACACGGAACACGUGUGGAACCGCACGCUAGAGUUCGACAUCGCCGUGAGCGAUCUGCCGCGCAUGACCCGCCUAUGCUUUGCCGUCUAUGCCGUCAUGGACAAGGUCAAGAAGCAGAAGUCCACCAAGAACUCCCACAUCAACAAGUACCAGACCAUCCGCAAGGCCGGCAAAGUGCACUACCCUGUAGCCUGGGUGAACACCAUGGUGUUUGACUAUAAAGGACAGCUGAAGACUGGAGAUAUCAUCCUUCACAGCUGGUCUUCCUUUCCUGAUGAACUUGAAGAGAUGCUGAACCCCAUAGGAACCAUCCAGACCAACCCGUACACUGAGAACGCUACAGCACUCCACAUCCACCUCCCUAACUACAACCCUCAACCCAUCGUAUUCCCCCCCUUCGACAAGAUUCUGGAGAAAGCUGCAGAGAUCGCUGGGUCAAGUGACUGCUCGCCUAUGGGCCGAGGCGGUAAGAAGUUCCACAUUGAGCUGAAGGAGAUCAUGGAGAGGGACCCUCUGUCCCAGCUGUGUGAGAACGAGAAGGACCUCAUCUGGACACUACGCUACGACUGCAUGGAGAACUUCCCCCAGUCACUGCCCAAACUGCUGCUCUCCGUCAAGUGGAGCAAACAUGAGGACAUGGCCCAGCUCCAGGCCUUGCUGCAGAUCUGGCCCAAGCUGAGUCCCAGGGACGCUCUGGAGCUGCUGGACUUUAACUACCCAGACCAGUACGUCAGAGAGUACGCCGUGGGCUGCCUGAGGGACAUGAGUGAUGAGGAGUUGUCUCAGUACUUGCUCCAGCUGGUCCAGGUCUUACGUUAUGAACCCUACUAUGACUGUGCGCUCACCCGCUUCCUGCUGAACAGAGCCCAGUGCAACCGCAACAUAGGACACUUCCUCUUCUGGCAUCUCAGGUCAGAGAUGCACAUGCCAGUCGUCUCUGUCCAGUUCUCUCUCAUUCUGGAGGCCUACUGUCGUGGCAGCAUCCCUCACAUUGAGGUCCUGAAGAAACAGGUGGAGGCUCUGAGCAAGCUGAAGUCUGUAAAUGAGCUGAUCAAGCUGGGCACCAUCAAGAACGCCCGCAGUAAGACCAAGGAGGCCAUGCUCACCAAGGAGGCCAUGAUGACCUGUCUGAGACAGAGUGGCUACACAGAGACCCUCUCUGACCUGCACUCCCCUCUCAACCCCAGCGUCCUGCUCUCUGGAAUCAAUGUGGAGAAGUGUCGGUACAUGGACUCUAAGAUGAAGCCUCUGUGGAUCGUCUACAACAACAAGCUGCUGGGGGGAGACACCCUGGGAAUCAUCUUCAAGAAUGGAGACGACCUGAGACAAGACAUGUUGACACUGCAGAUCUUGAGGUUGAUGGACCUGCUAUGGAAGGAGGCCAAUCUGGACCUUAGAAUCGUGCCUUACGGUUGCCUAGCGACUGGGGACCGGUCAGGGCUGAUCGAGGUGGUGUCGUCGGCGGAUACCAUCGCCAACAUCCAGCUGACCAGCAGCAACGUGGCGGCCGCCGCAGCCUUCAACAAGGAUGCGCUACUCAACUGGCUCAAAGAGAAGAACUCUGGAGAUGCUCUGGAGAAGGCGAUCGAGGAGUUCACCCUGUCAUGUGCAGGCUACUGCGUGGCCACCUACGUCCUGGGGAUAGGUGACCGCCACAGUGACAACAUCAUGGUCCGCAGCACUGGGCAGCUCUUCCACAUAGACUUUGGGCAUAUCCUGGGGAACUUCAAGUCCAAGUUUGGCAUCAAGAGGGAACGUGUCCCCUUCAUCCUGACCCAUGACUUCAUCCACGUCAUCCAACAGGGAAAGACUGGCAACACUGAGAAGUUUGGCAGUUUCCGUAAUUACUGUGAACAGGCCUACCUGAUUCUGAGGCGGAAUGGGAACCUCUUCAUCACCCUGUUUGCCCUCAUGCUGACUGCUGGACUGCCAGAGCUCACCUCCGUCAAGGAUAUACAGUACCUAAAGGACUCUCUGGCCCUGGGGAAGACAGAUGACGAGGCGCUGAAACAGUUCCGCCAGAAGUUUGACGAGGCGCUGAGAGAGAGCUGGACCACCAAAGUCAACUGGAUGGCCCACAACGUGGUCAAAGACAACCGCUCCUAGAGCAGACAGACGCUCAUCCUGGAGCUGGAGGGUUAAGGGUUAAAGGUCAGGGGUUAGGAGGGUCUGAGGUCUAUCCAGGGCUGGGACAACCGUGAUGGAGGGGGCUAUGGUGUUGCUAAGGGGUGAAGACCAGACAGGACUGGGCCUGGGGCCGCAAAGAAUGGAACCUAGAAGACUAUCUUAAACACACACACAGUAAACACACAUGCUCUUACAGGCUUAAAAUCCCCCCUCCCUAUGCCUUUCCUCUGGCUUUUGAAGCUGCUGUGUGCCUCCAGCCAGUCCAGCAGUCCCAUUGCCUCUCCCUGAUCAUGUGACAUAUUUGUGGGUAAUGUGGUUGUGAGUUUUGCACUCGCUCAGUGAGAGUCAGAGCCCAACACCUGAGGAAUAGUGUGGCCUCUCCGAGCCCCCCGUUGUGAAUGGACCGCCCCCUUGGAGCCUGGACUCGACUGAACCAUUGAGGAAGGGGACGGGGGUAGUUUCACCCACCUAUCAGCAGGACUUCUGAUCUGCCUUAUGUUGGACUUAAAGAGAGGUCAGGGUUGACCACACCCACUCCAGGCCCUGCACCAGGCAGUUUGAUUGACUGCACAUGUAAAAGAGUGAGUGUGUAAAGACUGAGGACCAAAGCGUCUCACCCGCGAGUCUUAAAACGACACCAAAACGUGCACAUGACCAGAGGAAGUGGGUCUUAUUGGACUUAUCCUCGCGAGGCCUAACAACUGGAAAAUAUUGU